AUGUCCAUGACCACCGGGACGGCCUCCAUGGCCGGGCCGUCGUCGUCCAGCACGAUGCCGGCAUGGCGUACGUUCCAGUUCAUGGAGAAACGCGAUUUGGCGGACGAUGUAUCGCCGCAGGUGAUGAAGGAUGCGCAUACGGCUGUGUAUGCGCCGCCGAAGUGUGGCGCAUGGGCCUCGCCUCAUGGAGCGUUGCUUCUUGGCCUGCGAGAUGGACAGAUCCGCAUGGUGGAUGCCAAGACGUAUAUUGAGCUAGCUACCUGGCCGGCCUUUUCGUCGGACAUAUGGCAGCUGCAUGUAGCGCCUGAGGCUCAUGCGAUUCUCGCGGUCGGUCAAGAUCUUGCGUAUGCGACGCCCAUUGUACGUAUAUGGCGCCUCACGUCGCCUAUGCCAUCGUCAUGGACGCCUGUGCUCCAUAUCCAAAUGCGCCUCGUGUCUGCCCACACACGACAGGGCGACGGUCGGCCUCGUAUGUCGGCCGCCACCUCGUCUUCGCGGGACGAGGCUCCUGUGCCAGCGACAGCUUGUGCGGUAUCUUCCUCGCUCACGUGCGUCGCUGUCGGCUUGCACGAUGGCAGUCUUCAUGUGGCUCGUGAUCUUUCCACGCAUCUGACAUCCGCCGAGGUAGUAUCGCUACGUCCCAAGCUUGUACGAGACUCGACGUUGCUCGACGAAGGCAGGGAUGCGUGGGAUAGCGUGACGGGGAUGACCUUCUGUCCCUCGGAGUCGGCCAACGAUACGAUGGAGCUGCUAUUUUCUACGGUCUCCAAGACGAUGCGGUACACGCUUAGCGGCGCGGGCGCCGGCACAGCGCCCAGUGUGGUCGAUACGGUAGGCUGUGCGCCGUCCUGCGCUGCGAGUCUCUAUACGCUUCGUGACGACGUCGAUCACGACGAUCCGAUGGCCACGCACGUUCCUCAGCUCUGCCCGCGCCUGAUCCUUGCGCGCGAAGAGGCACUGUACGUGAUGGGCCCACGCGGCCGUGAUAUGUCGAUUGCAUUGGAAGGUGCCAAGGCACACGUUCACGUGUUACUGGGCCAGGUGGUCGUGGUGUUGGCCGGUGCGGAGCGGCAGCGUAUCACCGUAUUUGACGUGGAUGCCAAGUGCAUUACGUACACGAAAGAGCACACGGGUGUCUCGCUGGUAUGGACGAGUGCUGGCGAUCCCCAUGCGGCCGAGCCAGAGCGAUGUGUGGGGCUCGUUACGCAGGCCGGGACGUGGGAGUUGGUCGACAAGCCUCUGAUGGUGAAAUGGGAUCACUUGUUCCGUGCACACUUGUUCCUGCAAGCGCUUCCGUUCCUGUAUGCACACGCCGCGCGUCUGCCGUAUGCGCGUCUGCCUACGCUCUCGCCGAGCGCGGUUAUUCUUCCGCCGCGGCCCCAAGAACGUCGGCGUGUGUCGACUACGUCGAUGCUGGUGGCCGACGUGUACCGCCGGUACGGCGAGCACUUGUAUGCACGUGGCGACUUUGAAGGUGCGAUGCAGCAGUUUAUCAAGACGCUCGGUGUCGUCUCGCCAAGCUAUAUUAUCCGCCAGUUCUUGGACGCACAGCGUUUGCAGUACCUGACAGCGUACUUGGAAGCCCUGCACAAGCGCCAUCUUGCGAAUGCGGAUCAUACCACGCUGCUACUGCAUUGCUAUACCAAGCUUCGUCAUACCGAGGCGCUGGAUCGGUUCAUUCGUGCGUCGGAUGUGUCGUUUGAUGUCCAUGUGGCCAUGGACGUAUGCCGUCGGGCUGGGUGCGUCGCGCAGGCGGCCUACUUGGCCGCGGAGCACCAGGAACACGACACGUAUCUCAGCAUUCAAGUCCGGGAGGCACACGAUGCCACGGCCGCGUUGGCGUAUGUCCGUGCCUUGUCGCCUGCCGAUGCACUGGCGUAUGUGCGUCCGUACGUCCACGCGCUGCUGGAAGCGGCGCCACGCGAGAUGUGUGAUGUGCUUGUGCAUCUGUAUACCCAUGCGAAAGAACAGGACGAGGCGGCGCUCUCCCAGCUCCUCGUCCACUUUGUGGGGCACGAGCGUGAGUUGGAGCACUUCUUUGAGCAGGUCAUCGCUGCCCGUGCCGCCCCCUCCGGGGCAUCGUCGGUGCCGGCCGCGGAUGCCGUGCUGCUGUACGAUACGCUACUGGAGCUCUAUCUUACCCAUGCGCCCACCAAAGCGCUUGCCAUCCUGCAAAGCGACGCGCCGUACACGGCCGCUCAUGCCCUGGUCUUGUGUACGAAUGCGAACUACACGGACGGUUUGCUGUGUGUGUACGAACGCAUGGAUAUGAUGGAGGCGAUUGUGAUGCACUGGAUAGACCAGGCGCGAGCGACGCCGAACGACGCCGCGGCGAGUCAGCAGGUCAUCGAGGCGCUCCAUACGUACGGCGAGCGCGCUCCGUCGCUGUACACCAGUGUCCUGCAGUUCCUUACAUCUGACAAGAUCUGGUACGAGCGUCACCAAAGCGAUCUCCAGGGGAUCUUGUCACAUACCACGGCGCAGAACCUUCUCUCGCCGAUCCAGCUUGUGCACAUUCUCGGCCGCAACGACGUGGCCCAGAUGGGCCUCCUUACGCCGCUGCUCCUUGCGCAUGUGCAGCAGGAGCGGGCUGAGUAUGACAGCGCGACGAAGCUCAUUGCGUCGUACCGCGAGGAAGCCGCAGCGAAGACAAAAGAACUGGCUGCGCUACGCAGCACGACGGAGCCACGCGUCUUCCAGCAGCGCGAGUGUGGCGUCUGCACGCAGCCGCUGGAUCUGCCGAGCGUGCAUUUCAUGUGCCGUCACAGUUUCCACUACCGAUGCCUGCCCUCGGGCGAAGAGGCGCGGGUGUGCCCGCUCUGUGCGCGCGACUAUGCCACCGUACAGACCUUGCAAGACGCCGCGUCGCACAUGUCGUACGAUGUCGUCCAGUCGGAAGUGGACGCGGCCGACGACGGCUUCGAUGUGAUUGCCGAUCUCUUUUCCAAAGGCGUCGUCGUCUGA